CUUUUUUCUUCUGACAACUGGGGUCGUUGCGGCUCAGAUACAUGGAGGCCUGAAGCACCGAGACACAAACAAGGCACCGACACGACGGUAUGCGGCACCGAGACACACUGUGCGUGUGACACAAACAGACACAACCGCUGACACGGCCAGGCCUUGCCGCAAAGUGACACCGUCCGGCCUGUCACACACACACACAGCCGGUAACAAUCCUGCAUCAGCACCUCAGGCGUCCUACACCUCACCCUGAGCGUAAAGACCUUCUGAUAUACCCUUACUAUGCAGACUACCGCACCUCUGGCCCAUGGCUACUGAGUGCUGUUGGUGUGUAACCUCAAGUACGCAAGUGUGGGAGGAGGACAUAUGGCAGUAGACUAACCAAAUAUGGCUGGCAUGAUGCCUCCGGUAAAACUUAAGUGGCUGGAGCACCUGAACAGCUCCUGGAUCACAGAGGACAGUGAAUCCAUCGCCACUCGGGAAGGUGUCUCUGUCCUAUAUGCCAAGCUAGUCAGCAACAAAGAGGUGGUCCCUCUGCCCCAGCAAGUUCUGUGCCUCAAAGGACCACAACUGCCAGACUUUGAACGCGAGUCCUUGUCAUGUGAUGAGCAGGAUCACUACUUGGAUGCCUUGCUCAGUAGCCAGCUGGCCCUGGCCAAAGUGGUGUGCUCAGACUCUCCCUUUGCAGGUGCACUAAGGAAGCGAUUGCUGGUUUUACAAAGGAUUUUCUAUGCACUGUCCAAUAAGUAUCAUGACAAGGGCAAAGUAAAGCAGCAACAGCACUCGCCCGAGAACAGCUCGGGCUCUGCAGACACUUUGUCCAUUAGCGAGCGACCUCGCUCCAGCACAGAUGCCCUGAUCGAGAUGGGUGUGAGGACUGGCCUGAGCUUGCUCUUUGCCUUACUAAGACAGAGCUGGAUGUCUCCAGCUGUUGGGCCUGGCCUGAGCCUCUGCAAUGAUGUCAUCAGAACAGCCAUUGAUGUGGUAAACUCCUUGCCCCCUCUCUCCCUUGCCAAUGAGAGCAAAAUUCCUCCCAUGGGACUCGACUGCCUGGCACAGGUAACCUCCUUCCUGAAAGGAGUGACUGUUCCCAAUUCAGGAGCAGAUACUCUGGGCAGGCGUUUGGCCUCUGAACUUCUCUUAGGUCUGGCUUCACAGCGUGGCUCCCUCCGUUACCUCCUGGAAUGGAUUGAGAUGGCACUGGCUGCUUCUGCACUGGUUAAUGAGACUGAUAAGAACAAAACACUAACAUCACAGGAAGGAAUGAUCAGCUGUGACUGUUUCAUGAGCAUCCUUCAGCAGAUGAGGAGAUCAUUGGGCUCAACAGGUGACCGAAGUCAGUGGAGAGAACCAACCAGGACAUCAGAUGGCUUGUGCUCCCUAUAUGAGGCUGCUUUGUGUCUGUUUGAAGAGGUAUGCCAGAUGGCUUCUGACUAUUCCAGAACCUGCGCCAGUCCAGAUAGCAUCCAAACCGGAGAAAGCCCUGUGGUUUCAGAAACUUGCGAGGUGUAUGUGUGGGGGAGUAACAGUAGCCAUCAACUAGUCGAGGGGACCCAAGAGAAAAUUCUGCAGCCCAAGUUGGCCCCUUGCUUCUCUGAUGCACAGACAAUCGAAGCUGGACAGUAUUGCACUUUUGUAAUAUCCACAGAUGGAUCUGUUAGGGCCUGUGGAAAAGGCAGCUAUGGACGACUGGGAUUGGGUGAUUCCAACAACCAGUCCACCCUGAAAAAGCUAACCUUUGAGCCGCACCGCUCUAUCAAGAAAGUUUCCUCCUCCAAGGGUUCUGACGGACACACACUGUCGUUUACAACCGAGGGGGAAGUCUUCAGCUGGGGGGAUGGCGACUAUGGAAAACUAGGCCAUGGAAACAGCUCAACACAGAAAUAUCCAAAGCUUAUUCAGGGGACACUACAGGGAAAGGUUGUGGUUUGUGUGUCAGCUGGUUACAGACACAGUGCUGCAGUCACAGAAGAUGGAGAGCUGUACACAUGGGGAGAAGGAGAUUUUGGCAGGCUUGGGCAUGGAGACAGUAAUAGUCGAAACAUCCCCACUUUGGUGAAGGAUAUCAGUAAUGUUGGAGAGGUAUCUUGUGGAAGCUCCCACACAAUUGCUUUGUCUAAAGAUGGCCGAACCGUCUGGUCUUUUGGAGGAGGUGAUAAUGGCAAGUUGGGUCAUGGUGACACCAACAGAGUGUAUAAACCAAAGGUGGUGGAGGCCCUCCAGGGAAUGUUCACUCGGAAGGUGUGUGCAGGGAGUCAGUCCUCGCUGGCUUUGACAUCUACUGGGCAGGUCUAUGCCUGGGGCUGUGGAGCUUGCCUGGGAUGUGGUUCAUCGGAAGCAACUGCUCUUCGACCCAAACUCAUAGAGGAGCUGGCUGCCACCAGAAUAGUAGACAUUUCAAUAGGAGAUAGCCACUGCCUGGCUCUGUCACAUGAUAAUGAAGUUUAUGCUUGGGGUAACAACUCAAUGGGACAAUGUGGCCAAGGUAAUUCAACUGGCCCCAUCACAAAGCCAAAGAAAGUAAGUGGACUGGAUGGAGUAGCUAUUCAGCAGAUCUCGGCAGGCACCUCACACAGCUUGGCAUGGACAGCUCUUCCUAGAGACCGGCAAGUGGUAGCAUGGCAUCGGCCAUACUGUGUUGAUCUGGAAGAGAGUACCUUCUUCCACUUACGCUCUUUCCUUGAGAGAUACUGCGAGAAAAUAAACAGUGAUGUACCACCUCCGCCUUUCCCAUCUUCCAGGGAACACCACAACUUCCUAAAACUCUGUCUAAAGAUGCUCUCCAAUCAUCUGGCAUUGGCCUUGGCGGGAGGAGUUGCCACCAGCAUCCUGGGGCGUCAAGCAGGACCCCUCCGAAAUCUGCUCUUCCGGCUUAUGGAUUCCAGUGUCCCAGAUGAAAUACAAGAGAUUGUCAUUGAGACUCUUUCCGUUGGAGCAACGAUGUUGCUUCCACCUCUACGGGAGAGAAUGGAGUUACUGCAUUCACUUCUCCCCCAGGGACCUGACAGAUGGGAAAGUCUGUCCAAAGGCCAGAGAAUGCAGCUGGACAUCAUCCUGACCAGUUUGCAGGAUCACACACACGUUGCAUCGUUGUUGGGAUAUAGCUCUCCAGCCGACUCCACUGAUAUCUCAUCUCUGCCUCUUUCAUACGGCUCAGUCUCUGACCCCACACAGGGAAGCCAUCCUGAUACUCACUUGGCUGAAAUCCUAAUGAAGACUCUCUUGAGAAACCUCGGCUUCUAUACUGAUCAAGCAUUUGGAGAGCUGGAGAAGAACAGUGACAAGUUAAUUGUUGGUGCAUCCUCAUCGGAAAACAGCCAGCCAGCCCAUCUUCAUGAGCUUCUAUGCUCUCUGCAGAAACAGCUAUUGGCGUACUGCCACACAAAUCAUAUCAGCGAGAAUUCCAGCAGCGUUGCUUUGCUCCACAAGCACCUCCAGCUCCUCCUCCCUCAUGCCACAGAUAUCUUUUCCCGCUCUGCCACUUUGCUGAAGGAAAGUCCAUGGAAUGGGAGCGUAGGGGAGAAAUUGCGUGAUGUAAUCUACGUGUCUGCGGCUGGUAGUAUGCUAUGUCAGCUUGUUAAUGCCUUGCUGUUACUGCCGGUGUCAGUGGCCAGACCUCUUCUCAGUUACCUUUUAGACUUGCUGCCACCACUAGAUCGGCUCAACAGACUCUUACCUGCUGCUGCUCUUUUAGAAGAUCAAGAGUUACAAUGGCCUCUACAUGGAGGACCAGAUCAGGUUGACCCUUCAGGUAUUCUCUUGCCCGCCCCUGCUCAAUCAUGGGUUUGGCUUGUCGAUCUGGAGAGGACAGUUACACUGCUGAUUGGCCGCUGCUUAGGUGGUAUGCUGCAGGGAUCCCCCAUAUCUCCUGAAGAGCAAGACACAAACUAUUGGCUAAAAACCCCACUCUUUGGAAACGGCAUUGAAAUGGAUGUUCCUCAGCUGGACAAAUGCAUGAGUACGCUCCUUGAAGUGGCUCUUUCUGGCAACGAAGAGCAGAAGACCUUUGAUUACAAAUUGAGGCCUGAAGUUUCCAUUCUGGUUGACUUGGCUUUGGGAUCCACCAAAGAGCCAGCACGUAGUCUGUGGAUUACAAUGCAGGAUUAUGCUGUUAGCAAAGACUGGGACAGCGCCACUGUUAGUAAUGAAUCUCUGCUGGAUACAGUGUCUCGCUUUGUCCUUGCUGCCCUGCUAAAGCACACUGACUUGUUAUCUCAGGCAUGCGGGGAGAGUCGAUACCAACCAGGGAAGGCAUUGGCUGAGGUUUUUCGCAGCGUGUACAAAGUCCGUAGUCGCUUGUUUGCCUGCAAGAACAUGGAGCUGAUCCAAACUCGUUCUUCCUCUAGAGAAAGAUGGGAGUCUGAGAACCAGGAGUCUGCAGAUCUGGGGUCCCAAGAGAACUCAUUCACAAGAACCAUAGAUGAAGAAGCAGAAUUGGAGGAACAGGCUGAACGGGAAAGAGAAGAGGGACACCCUGAGCAAGAGGAGGAAGAAGAGGAGCACGACCAUGAGCUUCUAACUGCUGGCAAAAUAUUUCAAUGUUUCCUAUCAGCCCGUGAGGUGGCACGCAGCCGAGAACGGGACAGGGUGAGCUUAGGCUCUUCUGGGGGCCCCGGACCAGGGGUUCGUGUGGAAGACCAGGCUCCUCAACUGGUACAAGCAAGAAAGGACAGUGGUCACCUAACCGAGGGGCAGGACCUCUACACUGCUGCUUGUAACUCAGUGAUUCACCGCUCUGCCCUCCUCCUUCUGGGGGUAAGUCCAGUGAUUGAUCUGCUGGAAAAACCAAGGGAGGACGGUCAACACCACCCAGCGCCAGGAAGCUCAAAUGAGGCCGCUGCUGCGAUGACAAGGAGUGAAAGUCUCACAGCAGAAAGAAGAUCUGUCCACAUUCACCCAAACUACAGACUAGUCAAAUCUAGGAGUGAAUCUGACCUCUCUCAGCCUGAGUCGGAUGAAGAAGGAUACUCUUUGAGCGGAAGACAAAAUACAGACUCUGACCUAGCAGCCUACAGAAAAAGAGGCUCCCCAUCUGAACCCCCUACCAGUGACUCUUGGGCUCGUCUUAAACACAGUCGGGACUGGCUCUGUGGCUCGUACUGCAGUUUUGAUGCUGAAAUGGAUGAUGGCAGAACACUGGGAGUUCAUACACUUAUAGAGAAUGCACUGAGCUUUGUAAGCGGAGAUGUGGGCACCUCUCCUGGAUUCAAAGAGCCUGAAGAAGGGAUGUCUACAUCUCCCCAGGCCUGUAUUAUUGCCUUGGAACAACAGCAACUGAGGGCAGAGCUCCGACUGGAAGCUUUACAUCAAAUUCUUGUGCUGCUGUGUGGAAUGGAAGAGAAGGGAAAUACACAGACUCUAAGCAGCCGACAAGCUUCUGCAUCCUUCGAGUCAUCCUCACUGCUCACUUCCGUUAGGCUGCAGUUCCUGGCUGGAUGCUUCGGUUUGGGUACCAUUGGACAUGGUGGAACCAAAGGGGAGAGUGUACACCUACACCAUUAUCAGGAUGGGAUCCGUGCAUCAAAAAAGAGUAUUCAAGGAGAGAUCCAGAAGGCUGUGCACAAAAUAUACCAGCAAUUAUCUGCCACACUAGACAGAGCACUGCAAGCCAACAAACACCAUGUGGAAGCUCAGCAGCGCCUCCUCCUUGUGACAGUCUUUGCUCUCAGUGUGCGGUAUCAGCCGGUUGAUGUGUCCCUGGCCAUCUCCACUGGUCUGCUGAGCGUUCUCUCCCAACUGUGUGGAACAGACACCAUGCUGGGACAGCCACUUCAACUGCUGCCCAAAUCUGGAGUGUCUCAGCUAAGCACUGCCCUCAAGGUAGCCAGCACAAGACUGCUCCAGAUUCUUGCCAUCACGACAGGGACAUAUGCUGAUAAACUGAGUCCGAAAGUGGUGCAGGCGUUGCUAGAUCUGCUCUGCAGCCAACUAAAGAACCUGCUUUCUCAGGCAGGAGUGAUGCUUCUGGCCUCGUUUGGGGAUGAAGAAGUGGAAGACAAAAAAGCAUUAAUAGGAGAAAGUGAAAGGAAAGAUUUCAGAGCUACACUGAGGAAGCAGCGCACAGCUGAGCUUCACCUUGGGGACUUCCUAGUCUUCCUGCGCAGAGUAGUGUCUUCCAAGGCUAUUCAGUCUAAAAUGGCAUCUCCCAAAUGGACCGAAGUUCUGCUCAACAUUGCCUCACAGAAAUGCAGUUCAGGUGUACCGCUUGUCGGGAACCUUAGGACCAGACUUCUUGCUCUACAUGUCCUAGAAGCUGUGCUUCCUGCUUGUGAAUCUAGUGUGGAGGAUGAUCAAAUGGCUCAGGUAGUGGAGCGGCUGUUUUCUCUCCUGUCAGACUGUAUGUGGGAAGCUCCUAUCGCUCAGGCCAAACAUGCUGUCCAGGUCAAGGAGCAUGAGACAAAGCUGCAGAAGCAGGGGGAGCUGGAGGAGGAGGAGGAAGAUCUGCCCAUACAAGAAGUCUCUUUUGAUCCAGAAAAGGCCCAGUGUUGCCUUGUGGAGAAUGGGCAGAUUCUGACCCAUGGAAGUGGGGGUAAAGGUUAUGGAUUGGCAUCCACGGGUGUGACCUCAGGCUGCUACCAGUGGAAGUUCUACAUCGUGAAGGAAAACCGAGGUAACGAAGGCACGUGUGUGGGUGUUUCCCGCUGGCCAGUCCAUGACUUCAACCACCGCACCACUUCAGACAUGUGGCUCUAUCGAGCUUAUAGUGGAAACCUUUAUCAUAAUGGGGAGCAGACGCUCACUCUGCCUAGCUUUACACAAGGAGACUUUAUUACGUGUGUCCUGGACAUGGAGGCACGAACUGUGUCCUUUGGCAAAAAUGGAGAGGAGCCCAAGUUGGCAUUUGAAGAUGUAGAUGCAGCUGAGUUGUACCCCUGUGUGAUGUUUUACAGUAGUAAUCCUGGAGAGAAGGUAAAGAUCUGUGACAUGCAGAUGAGAGGAACCCCUAGAGACCUUUUACCCGGAGACCCCAUCUGCAGCCCUGUAGCCACCGUUUUGGCCGAGUCCACUGUGCAGCUCCUUAGAGUUCUUCACCGCACUGAGCGCUGGACACACUGUAUUAACAAAAAGAUGAUAGAAAGGCUGCACAAAAUCAAAAGCUGCUUACGGGAAGCAGGAGGCAAAUUGAAAAAGAGCCGCUCUGUGCAAAGCAGAGAAGAACACGAAUCCCGAGAAGAACGGGAGGAGGAGAGAGGGAAACAUGGCAGACAUGGUUUGGCUGAACUGGGGGAAGCACACCUGAAGACACUCUGUAUGGAGGUGUGGCCGGUUCUAGCCGUGAUUGGGGGGGUGGACACAGGACUUCGCGUUGGAGGGCGCUGCGUGCAUAAGCAGACUGGUCGACAUGCCACCUUAUUGGGUGUUGUGAAGGAAGGCAGUACCUCUGCCAAAGUACAGUGGGACGAGGCCGAGAUCACCAUCAGCUUCCCAACUUUUUGGUCGCCUAGUGACACCCCUCUCUACAACUUGGAGCCUUGUGACCCCCCUCCCUUUGAUGUGGCUCGUUUCCGUGGGCUGACGGCCUCAACGCUGCUUGACCUCACAUACCUGACAGGCAUCCAUGAAGACCCAGGCAAAGUUAGUGCUAAGCGUCAUGAAAAGAAGCACCGCCAUGAGUCAGAGGAAAAAGGGGAACCGGAGCAGAGAGGCGAUCCAGAGGUUGUCACAGAAUCUCGAACCCAGGAUGAAGGAAAAGCCGUUGUCAGUUUAGCACCAAAAUCAGAAAGUGAACAAAUUCCGCACCUAGGAGAUGCAUCAAUGGUUGAUUCUCAACACCACCCUACAGAUGGGAAGCGAAAGACCCACGAUCACAUUCAACGAGGCCACGAAGUUGUCCCGUCUGAGAUCAGAGCCGUGCAGCUCUCCUAUAUCAACCUUGGAGCAAUGAAGUCUCUUGGAGUGCUUUUGAGCUGCAGCAAAUAUGCAGAACUUCUCCUGAUCCCUAAGGUUCUGACAGAGAAUGGUCAUAACUCUGAUUGUGCCAGCUCCCCUGUUGUGCAUGAGGAUGUGGAAAUGCGGGCAGCCUUGCAGUUCCUAAUGCGUCACAUGGUGAAGAGGGCUGUUAUGCGCUCACCCAUAAAGAGAGCCCUUGGACUGGCUGAUUUGGAGAGGGCACAAGCCAUGAUUUACAAGCUAGUGGUUCAUGGGUUACUGGAAGAGCAGUUUGGUGGUCGAUUAAGGCAAGAUUUAGACCAACAAGCAGAGGAAUGUGACCAAGGCCAGCAAGCUCAAACACCAGUCACCACCAGCCCCUCUGCUUCCAGUACCACCUCUUUCAUGAGCAGUUCACUAGAAGAUACUACAACAGCCACCACCCCUGUGACGGACACAGAGACAGUGCCAGCAUCUGAGUCCCCAGGAGUAAUGCCUCUUAGCCUGCUAAGGCAAAUGUUUUCUAGUUACCCAACCACUACCGUGCUCCCUACCCGUCGGGCUCAAACCCCUCCUAUCACCUCGCUGCCCACGUCCCCUACAGAUGAGGUGGGAAGGAGGCAGAGUCUUACAUCACCUGACUCACAGCCAUCAAGACACACAAAUCGUACAGCUUUGUCAGACCCCAGCAGCCGACUCUCCACAUCUCCCCCUCCUCCUGCCGUAGUUGUGCCUCUGCUUGAAAUGGGAUUCUCAAUCAGGCAAAUCAAAAAAGCCAUGGAAGCCACAGGUGCUAGAGAAGCAGACCCCCAGAACAUUACUGUAUUGGCCAUGUGGAUGAUAGAGCAUCCUGAUGAUGAGGAUAGGUACUCUGGCAGGACCCCUGAGCAGUGCCAAGGUGGCUCCAUCACAGUAUCCAGUGGCAAAUCAAGUGAAGUAGCCUACACAGGGGAUAUUUCAUCAGCGGACGCCCCAGAGAUGGAAGAAUGCUUUUGUGACAGCCCAGACAGCAUGGAACAGGCAGAAAAUGCUGGAGCCAGUAGUGGUCAACAGGCCAGAGGCAGGUCUACAGUCACCAGAAGGCAGAAGUUUGACCUGGCAGCAAGAACAUUACUGGCACGAGCUGCUGGAUUAUAUCGUACAGUUCAGGCUCACCGCAGCCAGGGCAGGAGAGAAGGUGUCUCAUUGCAACAGGAGCCUGGAGCUCUCUACGACCUUAACCUGGAUGAGGAAUUGGAGAUUGACCUAGACGAUGAGGCGAUGGAGGCGAUGUUCGGGCAGGACCUGGCCAGUGAUAAUGAUAUUCUGGGAAUGUGGAUCCCGGAGGUACUGGACUGGCCAACAUGGCACGUGUGUGAAACAGAAGACCGAGAGGAGGUGGUUAUUUGUGAGCUGUGUGAGGCAAGCGUGCUCAGCUUCAAUCAACACAUGAAAAGAUACCACCCAGGCUGUGGUCACAGUGCCAACCGUCAGGGUUAUCGCAGCGAUGGUUCCUAUGUUGAUGGGUGGUUUGGAGGAGAGUGUGGCAGCGGGAAUCCCUACUACCUACUAUGUGGCAGCUGUCGCGAGAAAUACCUGAGUCUAAAGAGCAAGCGCAAAGCCACUGCCUCUGAGAAGUACAAAGGACACGCUCCAGAUUUAAUUGGGAAGCAAGACAGUGUUUAUGAAGAGGACUGGGACAUGUUGGAUGUUGAUGAAGAUGAAAAGCUGACAGGAGAGGAGGAGUUUGAACUUCUGGCUGGGCCUCUUGGCCUUAACGAACGCAGAAUAGUACCAGAACCAGUCCAGUUCCCAGACAGCGACCCACUGGGAGCAUCAGUUGCCAUGGUGACAGCUACCAACAGCAUGGAGGAGACACUUAUGCAGAUAGGCUGCCAUGGUGCUUUGGAGAAAAGCUCUUCUGGCCGGGUAACGCUAGGCGAGCAGGCAGCGGCGCUGGUUAACCCACAUGACCGCGUGAUGGCAUUACGGAGGGUGAUUGCGGCUGCUCAGGUCCUCUUAGCUCGUACCAUGGUGAUGCGUGCACUUUCACUGCUGUCUGUCAGUGGGUCUAGCUGCAGCCUCGCUGCGGGCUUGGAGUCUUUGGGCCUCACAGACAUUAGAACAUUAGUACGUCUCAUGUGUUUGGCUGCAGCGGGCAGAGCCGGUCUCUCCACCAGCCCCUCCGCCACAAUGUCCGCUUCUGCGGACCGCUCACGUGGACUUCACAGCAAGACCAGCAAACCCAUUUCAUGUCUGGCGUAUUUGAGCACCGCUGUUGGAUGUUUGGCAUCCAGCACUCCAAGUGCUGCCAGGCUUCUAGUUCAACUCUGCACUCAGAAUUUGAUAUCAGCAGCAACGGGUAUGAAUUUGACUACUGUGGAUGAUCCGAUUCAGAGAAAAUUCCUACCCAGUUUUCUACGUGGCAUUGCUGAAGAAAGCAAAUUGGUCACAUCCCCCAACUUUGUAGUGACCCAGGCAUUGGUGGCUCUUCUGGCUGACAAGGGAGCAAAACUAAGACCAAACUAUGAUAAAGCAGAGAUGGAGAAAAGAGGUCCCUUGGAAUUGGCCAACGCGCUGGCUGCCUGCUGCCUGUCUUCGCGGCUUUCCUCCCAACACCGGCAGUGGGCUGCCCAACAGCUAGUACGCACCCUCGCAGCUCAUGAUCGUGACAAUCAGACAGCACCCCAAACCCUUGCGGACAUGGCCGGAGACCUAAGGAAGUGUUCUUUCAUCAAGCUGGAAGCGCACCAGAACAGGGUUAUAACCUCUGUUUGGUCCAGUAAGAAGGAGUUAUUAGCCACAAGUGGGAGUGAUGGGACUGUUCGUGUGUGGAAUGUGUCCAAGAACCAGUAUUCUCUGCAGCAAACAUGCAUCUUCCAUAAAGUUGAGGGAGCUGCUGAAGAGGCUGACCCGUGCCUGUCUCCUGUAUGCUGGAGCACAAGCGGGAGGUACCUGGCUGGAGCAUUGGAGAAGAUGGUAAACAUCUGGCAAGUAAAUGGAGGAAAGUGUCUUGUGGAUGCUCAGCCUCACUGGGUGUCAGCAAUUACAUGGCCAGAGGAGGGUCCUGAAGGUGUGUGGACUGGGGAUACCCCAGAGUUCUUGUUGGUUGGGCGCAUGGAUGGAUCCCUGGGGCUCAUUGAAGUUAUAGAUGCCUCCAGCAUGCGCAGACUGGAACUGGAUCACUGUUACAGGAAGGAAGUGGCUGUGACCUGCAUUGCUUGGUUCAGCGAAGAUCGUCACUUUGCAGUUGGAUAUGCAGAUGGGAAGCUAUUGAUUGCAAACAAGGAGCCCAUGGAAAAAGGUGGAAUGGAUCUUAUUGAUGCACACAAGGACAUGUGCACAAGCUUGAAAUGGGAUCCUACUGGCCAGAUUCUGCUGACUUGUGCCAAAGAGGACACAGUAAAGAUUUGGGGGAAUUCAGCGGGGGCAUGGAAACCCUGCUACUGCCUCGCUCAUCCAUCAGUAGUUAACACAGUAACCUGGUGCAGCCUCCCCGGAAAAGCAGACAAUCCACUGUUAAUGCUAGGAACGGGGUGCCAGAAUGGUUUAGUGUGUGUGUGGACGGUCCCCUACUGUCAUCUAGAAGAAUUUCAGUCCAAAUCGGCUAAGCCAGAUGAGUGGAGAGAGACGACAUCCAGCAAGGAUUUAUGUAACAAAACUGAGGUGGCACGUUGUGUGUACAAGCUUCGUGGUCACAUUACCCCCGUGCGUACUGUGGCUUUCAGUCCUGAUGGAUUAGCUCUGGUUUCUGGAGGACUUGGGGGUCUUAUGAACAUUUGGUCCUUAAGGGAUGGUUCCGUCCUACAAUCUGUUGUCACUGGCUCUGGAGCCGUUACAACCACAGUCUGGAUUCCUGAAGUUGGAGUAGCGGCCUGUUCCAACAGAUCAAAGGAUGUUCUAGUUGUGAAUUGUACUCCAGAAUGGAUGUCAUCCAAUCACAUCUUAGCAACUUGUAGGACUGCACUGAAGCAGCAGGGGAUUGUGGGACUGAACAUGGCUCCAUGCAUGCAGACGUUCUUGGAGCGUCUUCCCGUCAUGCUUCAAGAACAGUACGCAUAUGAAAAGCCACAUGUGGUGUGUGGGGAUCAGCUGGUGCAUAGUCCCUACAUGCAAUGCCUUGCAUCGCUAGCAGUUGGGCUGACAUUGGAACACCUUCUGUGCAGCGCUCCGCUCCCCCCUCACCACCGCUCCGUGCCUCCGGAUCCAGCUUCAUGGAACGCUGCAGAAUGGGCCUGGCUCGACUGCUUCUCUACCACCAUUAAGGCUGCUGAUGCCCUUGCUAGGGGUGCACAGUUCCCAGAAUCCUUCACCGUCCCUGACCUGGAGCCAGUCCCCGAGGAGGAACUGAGGCUCUUAAUGGAUAAUAGCAAAUGGAUCAACGGCAUAGAUGAACAAAUAAUGUCAUGGGCCACAUCCAGGCCAGAGGACUGGCAUCUUGGAGGCAAAUGUGACGUGUUUCUGUGGGGAGCUGGGCGCCACGGGCAAUUGGCAGAGGCCGGCAGGAAUGUGAUGAUCCCGUCAGCAGCUGCUUCCUUCUCCCAAGCACAGCAGGCGAUCUGUGGCCAGAACUGCACUUUUGUGAUCCAGGCCAAUGGCACUGUGUUAGCCUGUGGUGAGGGGAGCUACGGACGCCUUGGGCAGGGAAACUCUGAUGAUCUCCAUGUACUUACUGUUAUCUCUGCUCUGCAAGGGUUUGUGGUGGCUCAGCUGGUGACCUCCUGUGGUUCAGAUGGACACUCUAUGGCUCUAACAGAGAGCGGGGAGGUGUUCAGCUGGGGAGACGGGGAUUACGGAAAACUGGGCCACGGAAACAGUGACCGUCAGCGGCGUCCAAGACAAAUUGAGGCGUUGCAGGGGGAGGAGGUGGUGCAGAUGUCGUGUGGCUUCAAGCACUCAGCAGUGGUGACGGCAGACGGGAAGCUGUUUACAUUUGGAAAUGGAGACUACGGACGCCUGGGCUUGGGAAAUACAUCCAAUAAGAAACUACCUGAGCGGGUGACUGCCCUGGAGGGAUUUCACAUUGGACAGGUUGCUUGUGGACUCAACCACACACUGGCCGUCUCAGCUGAUGGCUUGGUGGUUUGGGCUUUUGGAGACGGAGAUUAUGGAAAACUUGGACUGGGAAAUUCAACAGCCAAGUCUUCCCCACAGAAAGUGGACAUUCUGUGUGGAAUUGGCAUAAAGAAGGUAGCUUGUGGGACACAGUUUUCAGCAGCACUCACCAAGGAUGGACAUGUCUACACAUUUGGCCAAGACCGUUUGAUUGGUUUGCCUGAAGGACGAGCUCGUAAUCACAACCGCCCUCAGCUGGUGCCAGGACUACUUGGGGUCUUUAUUGAGGAUAUUGCUGUGGGAGCGGAGCAUACAUUGGCUCUCUCGUCAUCUGGUGAAGUGUAUGCCUGGGGAAGUAAUUCAGAGGGACAGCUUGGCCUAGGUCACACCAACCAUGUGCGCGAACCUACUCUUGUCACAGCAUUGCAGGGAAAGAACAUCCGCCAAAUUUCUGCUGGUAGAUGUCAUAGUGCAGCGUGGACCGCAUCGCCUGUACCACCUCGAGCACCAGGUGUUGCAGUACCAUUACAGUUGGGUCUCCCUGAUGCCGUCCCACCCCAGUAUAGCUCACUAAAGGAUAUAUGCACCCACACAGUGCGAGCUAGGCUGCGGCUUCUAUACCACUUUUCUGACCUCAUGUACUCUUCCUGGAGGCUUCUAAACCUCAGUCCCAAUAAUCAGAGCAGUACAUCUCAUUAUAAUGCAGGCACAUGGGGUAUUGUGCAGGGCCAGCUCAGGCCACUACUGGCUCCAAGAGUUUAUACUCUACCCAUGGUCAGAUCCAUAGGAAAAACCAUGGUUCAGGGAAAAAAUUACGGACCUCAAAUUACAGUCAAGAGGAUCUCCACCAGGGGCCGAAAAUGUAAACCCAUCUUUGUGCAAAUUGCUCGGCAAGUAGUGAAACUUAAUGCCUCGGAUUUGCGACUUCCAUCCCGGGCCUGGAAAGUGAAGCUUGUUGGAGAGGGAGCUGAUGAUGCUGGAGGGGUAUUUGAUGAUACCAUCACUGAAAUGUGCCAAGAACUGGAAACGGGAGUAGUGGAUCUUCUUAUUCCAUCACCAAAUGCUACCACUGAAGUGGGAUAUAACAGGGACCGGUUCCUAUUUAAUCCAUCAGCAGGGAUGGAUGAACAUCUCAUGCAGUUUAAGUUUCUGGGCAUCCUGAUGGGUGUAGCCAUCCGUACAAAGAAGCCCUUGGACCUACACUUGGCCCCGCUGGUAUGGAAGCAGCUGUGCUGUAUCCCACUGACACUAGAGGACUUGGAGGAAGUAGAUCUGCUGUACGUACAGACGCUCAAUAGCAUUCUUCACAUUGAAGACAGCGGCAUCACCGAGGAGACCUUCCAUGAGAUGAUCCCCCUUGAUUCCUUUGUGGGUCAGAGCGCUGAUGGUAAAAUGGUGCCCAUUAUCCCUGGAGGGAAUAGCAUCCCACUGACCUUCUCUAACCGCAAGGAGUAUGUGGACAGAGCCAUCGAUUAUAGGCUACAUGAGAUGGACCGCCAGGUAGCAGCGGUGCGAGAGGGCAUGUCAUGGAUUAUUCCAGUUCCUCUCCUCUCCCUUCUCACUGCCCGCCAGCUAGAGCAAAUGGUGUGUGGGAUGCCGGAAAUCUCUGUGGAUGUCCUAAAGAAGGUGGUGCGCUAUCGAGAAGUUGAUGAGCAGCAUCAGCUAGUGCAGUGGUUCUGGCAGACGCUGGAUGAAUUCUCUAAUGAAGAGAGGGUCCUGUUCAUGAGGUUCGUCUCGGGCAGAUCCAGACUCCCAGCUAACACUGCAGACAUCUCUCAGCGCUUCCAGAUCAUGAAGGUUGAUAGGCCUCACGACAGUCUGCCUACCUCACAGACCUGUUUCUUUCAACUACGGCUCCCUCCGUACUCCAGCCAGCCGGUGAUGGCCGAACGUCUGCGCUAUGCAAUCAACAACUGCAGAUCCAUUGACAUGGACAAUUACAUGCUGUCCCGCAAUGUGGACAAUACAGAAGGUUCUGACACAGACUACUGAGCCCUUCCCCUACCACCGCCACACCUGCUCACUCGUGCUGAUGAAGAACAGGCAUUUUACAAAAUACAGUGUCAUUUUUUUUUAUCGACUUAAAAAUAUGUAUUUCAUUUUUCCCAGAUCAUUGUGAAAUAUAACGCAGUGAAUUUGUCCCUUCCUCCCUCACUCGAUUGAGUAUUAAUAGGUUGCAUGGAGAGCAGACUUUCUGUUAAAGGACAGGGUAAUGGGCCUGGGCGUUGGCAGUGUUUUUUUCCCCUUUUCUUUUGAAGCCCACCCUGCCCGGUGUACUUGAAACGUUAUACAUUGGUGCACUUAUUGUUCAUCCCAAAGGAACAGUUUUACAUAAAUAUUCCUAUUUAUUUUGUUUUAAUUUGAAAAUUGCCUGUGCAGGAUUAGAAAUGCAGAAAAUUAAUAAAAUGUGCUGAAGGCGCCACUUGCUGUACUUUUAGCAUUUGUGUGUAAA